GAACGCCGAACGCCAAACCGCUUCGAUUCUCCGCAAGUUGGAGUCGCCACCGAAGCUCCUAAACGAGGAAUUGAAAUUCCUCGGUAGGAAGAUAGAUCAUGUGGUCCGCCGAGGAAUUCUACAAUUCGAAACUACUUUGGAUCACGUUCUUCGUUGUUUCGAUCUAUCUGUACCUGAAAUGGGUCGUUUUCGGCUAUUGGAAAAGACUGGGAGUACCUUACGAAGAGCCUAUAGUGCCUGUUGGCAAUCUCUACGAAUCCCUCGUAAAAAACGUGUCCUUUGGUGACUUCUUUAAACGAAGCUACAUGAAAUCGAAACACUUUCGGUACUAUGGGAUCUAUAUGUUCCACCAGCCGCAUUUGGUUAUCACCGAUCCAGAGCUCAUUAGAUUAGUCCUCAAUAAAGAGUUCUCUCAUUUUCCCGACCGUGGAUUAUACUUGAACGAAAAAGUGGACCCCGUUUCGGCUCACUUGUUUUUACUUGGGGGAGAAAAGUGGAAAAACCUCCGAUCGAAGUUCUCACCGUCUUUCACCUCGGGGAAAAUGAAGCAGAUGUUCUUCGUGAUGACAGAAUGUGCCGAGGAACUCGCGAAAUGCCUCGAUGAUACGGCAAAGAUUUCGAAGGUGGUCGACAUCAAAGACAUCAUCAUUAGGUACACCAUGGAUAUCAUAUCUUCUGCAGCGUUUGGAUUGAACUCCAACAGCUUAAAAGAUCCAAAUAACGGGUUCCACUAUUACGGAGAGAAGACCUUUCGAUCACAACCGAUGAGGAACCUUAUCGUAUUUUUUGCCCCGUCUCUUGCCUACCUGGUAAAACUUCGUUUUCUGGAGAAAUCGAUCUCGGACUUUUUCAUUCGAUUUUUCUCCGACGUGGUGAAGAUGAGAAAGGAGAAGAAUAUCAUUAAAAAAGACUUUUUGAACGAACUGAUGCAGCUUAUCGAUCGCGGAUACACGGACGAUGACGAGGGAAACCCGAACAAGCCGAAAUCAUCUACCGGAGCGCUCACAAUGUUGGAAGGAACUGCUCAGGCGUUCCUCAUCUUCGUAGCAGGUUUCGAGACCUCCUCUUCCACCGUCUCGUUCUGCAUGUACGAAUUGGCUUUGCAUCCAGAAAUACAAGAUAAACUAUGCGAGGAAAUCGACGUUACGUUGAAGAAACACGGUUCCCUCAGUUACGACAGUCUAACCGAAAUGACGUACUUGCAGAAAGUUGUUUCCGAGACAUUGAGGAAGUAUCCACCGGUGCCGAUGCUCAAUCGUAUCUGCACGAAGGACUGCGAUCUACCUUCAAUGGAUUUACAUAUAUCCAAGGGAAUGAAGCUCAUAAUACCAGUUGUUGGACUCCACUACGAUUCCAAUAUUUAUCCCGAUCCGGACAAAUUCGACCCGGAGAGAUUUUCUCCGGAGAAUGUCGCGAGUCGUAAUUCCUUCACUUAUUUGCCUUUCGGCGAAGGGCCGAGGUUUUGUAUCGGUAACCGGUUCGGACUUAUGCAAGUAAAAGUGGCUCUCGUUACCAUGCUGUCACGGUAUCGAUUUUCUGUCUGUGAUAAGACUGAAAUCCCAAUCACUUACUCUCCUGGUGUCCCUGUUCAGCGUCCAAGAAAUGGAAUUUAUCUGGAAAUAAAAGCGAGAUAAAAUAAUCGCUUCGCCGACUUAAUUUCAUUUAAAUUCUAUUGGUAGUCAAUGGUGAAGCAAUUUUCACCACAGUUGGAGAUUUCUUCGAAAAACGUUGGUCUUAUAGUUUUUUUUUUAACUUUUAAGCGUUAUUAAUCAGAAUAUUAUACAAUAAUUGUAUUUGUAGGUCGACGCGUUGCGUCGUAAUUUUUUAGAUAUUCUUGCGAGUAAUCGAACAAUUGUAUAUACGUGACCUCAUAACAAAGAUCGGUAUAAACUUU